AUGACCCCUCGGAAAAAUCGGCCGUCUCUGCCGACCAGCAGUACCGACUUGCAACCCAACCCUGUAACGGAAGAGGAAAUUAUAGCUCAACUUCGUAUGGAUUUCGCAGAGGAGAUUGAAGAAAGCACUGUUCGAAACGAUGGAGAGUGCAUCUUCGAUGAUCAUUACAUAGGGCGCUUUGUAAAGGCUCGAAAAUGCGUCUAUCAGAAUGCCAAGAAAAUGUUUGGAAAUCACUUGGAGUGGCGUAAGGAAUUCGGAACGGACGAUUUGCGGCUAAACGGGUUUGACUUCCCGGAGUACGAGGAGGCUAAGCGGUUGUAUCCACAUGGCUAUCAUGGAACGGACAAACAGAAUCGACCAGUGUACAUCGAGAGGACCGGCAUGGUAGAUGCUGGGGAGCUGAUGAAGAUUACCACAUUCGAUCGGUUGCUGCGGUAUUGGGUCCAAGAAUACGAAGAGUUGAUUGAGUACAGACUGCCAGCGUGCGGUGUGGACAAGACUUGUACUAUUAUCGACCUCAAAGGGCUGGGGUUGAAACAAUUCACUCCUCAAGUAAAGAACAUGAUGCAGAAACUCGCCAAAGUAGCCAACGAUAACUAUCCAGAAGUGCUCGGAACUAUGUUCGUUGUGAACGCACCUUUUAUCUUCACAGCAAUAUGGAAGGUGGUGAGCCCGAUGGUGGAUCCAAUAACGAGGUCGAAAAUUGUCGUUCUGGGAUCUAAUUAUAAGCCGACGCUUCACAGUGUCGUCGAUCCUGAUCAGCUGCCGGACUUUUUAGGAGGUAAACAUAUUUCUUAG